AUGGCGAACGACUCCGGAUAUUACCAACAGCCCAUCUCGAGUUAUUCGGGCCAAAUGAAUAGUACCGGGUCACUUCUAGAUGUGAAUGAAGACUCAUCGAUCAUCCGGAAAUCGACGUCGUUAUUUAAUCCCGACCUUUCGACUAAACACAACAUCGAGACGUUUCUCUUAUGUCUUGUAUUAGGGACCUGUUUCAACUUCCACGGCACUACUAUAACAUCGACGACUGCAGCACUUGGUGUUAAUCUAGGGAAUGUGUCACUGUUUUACUUUGUUCCUAUAGUGUUUUAUAUCACUAAUUUGAUUACUGUGAUCUUCCUUGUAGUGUUAUCCUUUGUCACUCCAAAGUACCCAUUUUUCCCUUUAAGUUGUAUAACAUUAUUAGGGCAAUAUAUUUUAACACUCAUUAUGACUCCUUCUUAUCCACCAGUAUUACAACUGUUCGAUCAUUUCGAUCCGCACACCGUCAAUCUCGUAUUUGGAAUAUUUUUAGUAUUUUGUUCAUUCAUUAAUGGGAUACUCUCCGCUAUCAAUUUCUCAACGUUUGUAUAUAUAUCUAUCACGUUGUCCCCGUCACACUUGAUCGGGUUCAUCAUCGGGACGUCUAGCGGUCCAUUUCUUUCCGCACUCAUCAAUCUCAUCAAUAAUCUCACAUUACAUCAUAAACAAACUGUUUAUAUUGUCAUCACGUUGACGUUGGUCGUCAUUAUUCCACUCUUCUUUAUUAGCUAUUUUUUCUAUUGCUACAAAACUAUUCCGCACUUGCACUCAUUUUUCCAUCAAACGGAAGAAACUACUUUUCUUUCUAUUAAUAAUAGAAUCCCAUCAAAAUUCAAACGAUUUGUUCUCAGUAUCAAGGCAAGCGUUUUGGAAAUUAAACACGAAAUGGUGACGUUAAAAUACUGCACCACGUCCCUCUUUUUGGUCUACUUUUGCUCAAACUAUAUCUUCCCCGGAAUGUUAAACAAUUUCAAUAUCACCACGUCAGCAGAAACAAUCACAACUAACAAUAACUCAAAAUACGUGUUUCAUUUAAACGUCAUCUCUUUCAUUUUCACGGGAUUUGAUUUGUGCGGAUCGAUUGCGUGUUUUGCGCCAUUCACACCGUCGAAAAAAACCAUCUUGGGUGUCACGCUGUCCCGGGUAAUACUCUUUGUUGUGUUUUGCACGAUCCUCAAUAUUGGAGCACUCCUCGGAAUCGAUUCAAAGGAAGAAACAAGCUUGUUAAAAGGCAUUCAAAAUGUGAUCGGAACGGUGGACUGUCUUGCUACAAUUAUCUUGGGGGCAAGUCAGGGGUAUUUAACAGCGCAUUGUAUUCUCAAAAUUUGUAAAAGAGUUGAAGAGCGUGUCGGAACGAACGUGGUUAUGCUGAUGAUUUCAUUGGGAGGUUUUUUGGGGGGAAUCUUGCAAGUUAUCAUUCUCUCAGUCGCACAGAGCUUUUUGUGA